CUAAAUAAAUCGCCUCGGAUCUGACCAAAUCUUCUCUGUCCGCACGCCGUCGUCCCCUCUCCCCUUCCGGCUUCCGUUCGGUUCGCGAGGAAAGGAGAGGAGAAGAAAACGAGGAGGAAAAGGUGGCCGCUGCGCCGCCGCCGCCGCCGCUUCGAGGAGAAUUGUAGCAAAAGUUGCUAUGGAGGAGGACUCUGGUAGAUCCACCACAGCAGUUGGUGUUCUGAGAAGAAGUUCUGGCGUCUCCUUGAGAAAUCAAAGCAAUGAGGAGAGGCCACACCAGUAUGACAAUAAGCCAGGAAACACCGCAAAGCUUAACCCCACGAAAGCCAGAUGGGCUGACAAUAAGGACAAGCCGAGAAAUUUGCGUGACCCGUUUCAUUCAGCAGGCUCUAAGGCUAUAUCUGCAAGCUCUUCAAAAGCUCCUGUCAGAAAGAAUUAUGAGGAAAAGCUAAGACGCCCCUUUUUGGUAGAUUUAAACAAGGCUGAAAGCAGUAACAGAAGAACUGAUGCCAAUCGUCUGCAGAGUAGCAAGAAAGCUGUUGUUGAGGAUGAUGGGCAUCCAUAUGUUCAGCAGAUUGAGUCAGAAGAUUCAUUAUCCACAUCAACCACUGGCGAUCAGCCAACAGAGCUAGAUCCUGAAGUCUUAGAUUCUUCUGUUUCUUCAGGGAAUUCUCCACAUGCAGUUGAUUCUGUAGUCAGAAAUACUGCACUGAGGACUAAAUCACGUAGGCAGAAGGAUAAAGAGGAAUUCAGUUUGUGUAGACCUCAAACUGCAUCUACUUCUGUUCAUCAGCCUACUGGACCUCGAAAUUCAGCCAUUGGUGUGAAAACAUCAAAUGGGGCUGGUACUGGAGUACAGAGACGCGGCAUAAAAAACCUUGGUUGCACAUCAAUAUCUGAUGUUUUACCGUCAGGAUGUUCUUCAUCUAGUUCUGUUCAUAGUAAGAGGGCUGAGGCCACGAGAAAGAGGACUUCUGAUGGAGAGAGCUCUUCAAGAUCAAGGGGCUUAAGUGGGCAGUCUAGUUUAAGUCAUUCACCUUCCUUGUAUCCUGGCAUUAGUGGUCCUAGAGUCAGAACUUUUGAACAAUCAGCUUCUCAGCAAACAACUAGGACGAGCAACAGAAUUAUUCGUGAUUCUGCGGAUUCAGCAAGAAGUAGACGACCUUUUACACAGCAUGCUAGAAUGAGGAUGCCAGAUGAAACAGAGCAUGGUGUUUUUGCUCUGCGUGAGACCACUACAAGGGUUCGUCAACAAGAUUGGGCGCCAUUUUCGUUGGAUGAAGUUCCAUCACAGAGAUCAACAAGGCCUUUCUCAAUGCAAUUGCCUCAUGCAAUUUACUCAUCAAGUCGUCAAGACUCAAGUAAUCGGACAACAAGGAGCAGUUUGAGUUUUCGUCCAGAGGAAAGCUCUCCACAAAUGUUUCAUGGUCUGCUAGGAGAGGGAGAUAGCUACAGACGCAUAAACAUGGAAGGAGUUGCAGAGGUUGCUUGCUGCGUACAGGUGUUGCUAGCGUUGGACAGGAUUGAACAAGAUGAUGAAUUGACUUACGAGCAAUUGCUGGUGCUGGAAACUAAUCUGUUCCUUAGUGGUCUUGGCUUGCAUGAUCAGCAUAGAGAUAUGAGAAUGGAUAUUGACAACAUGUCUUAUGAGGAAUUGUUGCAACUUGAAGACCGGAUUGGUUCUGUGAGCACUGCCCUUUCUGAAGAGCAAGUUGCGAAAUGUCUCGAUCUACAUGUGUAUAAAGAAGCAAAUUCAGUGCUAGAAGUGAACAGAGCUGUACUAGAUGAUAUCAAAUGCAGCAUAUGCCAGGAGGAAUACAUUGAGGAUGAAGAAGUUGGUAGGAUGAAGUGUGAGCAUCAGUACCACGUGUGCUGCAUUAAGGAAUGGCUAAGACAGAAGAACUGGUGUCCGAUAUGCAAAGCUUCAGCACUAUGUUCAGACAUGGACAAGGCGGACACAUGAACUUAGGUUGUUUGUGCUUGCAAAUAGUAUGAAUUCGUGAUGAAACAAUGUUAGACUUUGUGUAGACGCUGGCUCAGUCGACUCCAACUUGUGAAUAUGAUGAACUGUUACUCGCUUGGAAAUCCCUGUAAAUUUUUACAAUAUCUGGUUCUCUUCCUACUA